UCUUAACACACUUGAUGCAAAUCUCAGGGUUCAGGGUUUGGUGGUUAAAUAAGGUUGUCCCAGUGUCUACCUUCAGAAGAGAGAAAGCCAGAGAAAGAGAGAGAGCGAGAGAGGAAGAGCAUGGAGACCUUUGUUUUUCUGUUUCCUCAAUUCAACUUCUCUGCACCCAAGGAGGAAGUGUAUUUCAAAAUGCUUGGUGAGACCGAGUUGCGCGCCUCCAGAAUGAAAGACAGCAACUCAAGAAAUAAGAACAAGGAAAAGGAAAAAGAAAAGGACAAAAAGAGUAGACUCAGCCUUCUGCUGGCCAAGUCUGGAUCACAUGAAAACGUCAGUCCAGAGAAAAAGCCACCGGCUAAAACCAACAUACCUCCUGAAGUAGCUUUGAGAUGGAGCGAUUCCUUUGAAGAACUGCUGGGUCAUCCAGAUGGGGUGGAGGCCUUCACGAAGUUCUUGCGCUCCGAAUUCAGCGAGGAGAACAUUGAAUUCUGGCUGGCGUGUGAGGACUACAAGUGCACAGAGUCAGCCACCAAGCUGCAGACCAAGGCCAAGCAGAUGUACUCUGUGUUCAUCGACAGGGAAGCCCCCAAAGAGAUUAAUAUCGACCACUCGACCAAACAGACCAUUCAGAAGAACAUCGCCCAACCGACCCAGUCCUGUUUCGAUGCAGCGCAGAGCAAAAUCUACGCCUUGAUGAAGAAGGACUGCUACCCACGGUUCCUCGCCUCCGACAUCUAUCUGACCCUGACAAAGAGGAAGGGCCCUGCGGUCAUGACCAGGAGAAGGUCGCGAUCCUUUGUAUUCACUGAACGUGGCGAGACCACAACACCCUGGUUGUAGCUUCUCAGCAAUGAUUCUGGGGCCUUAUUUAUUAAAAAAAGUAAGGAUUUGAUCAUAAUAUAGUCAUAUGCACUGCUAACGACGCACAAAUAUUCCCUUUGUGAUUGCGUACUAGAGUGUGUAAUUUGUGUAUUUCUAAGUCUUUUUGAUCCUAAAACUGCUCUAUGUAAGAUUUAAAGUCUGAUAUAACCAUUCAAAAGUCAGAAUUGUCAGGUUAGAAGCUUUUUAGAUCACGUCAUAUGUCUUUACGUAUUAACAACAAAUGCACAGGCUCAGAAAAAAGGUCUGGCUUGAUGUUUAGGUCGCAUAGGCAAGAUCUCUUUGAAUUCUCCUUCAAUCAUCAGAUUCCUCCACUCAAGGAAGGAGUAUGAAGCACAACCCAUGUUACAAACUGUUCUUCCAUAUGUGAUGAUAUGGCAUGCAAUUACACAUUUCCACCAGAGGGGUCUCCAUAUCCCCAAAACUUACAUAGUGCAGCUUUAAGAACAAAGAAUUUACAUUUACAUUUACGGCAUUUGGCUGACGCUCUUAUCCAGA